CCCAUCCCAUCGUAACGUUAUACUCCGACCACGCCCGAACAACCUGAACAUUACCAUUCAAGGGUGCAUCAUCGACCUCGCGUCUUCUCUUGGGCCCAUAGAUUGACUCAGCGACCCUCAAUGGACUUCUGAGAACCCAAUCAUUUCGGCACGCACCAUCGCCUGAGACUGAGUGACUCAUCACAUCACAAAUGCAGCCUUUUCACGCUCCUUCAAGAUCGGCGUACACGCCCUCUGUUCAAGAUGACUCGACUCACGUGGAGAAGGAGUCUCAGAAUGGCUCCGAAUUCGCUUCUCGACUCGCUCGAGAAGCGGCAGAUGGUGUUGUGAGGGAUUAUGAAGAGAAAAGAGACAGGUUGGACAAGGCGAUCGAGCAAUCUGAAUAUCUCGUCGCUGGACUCAAAAACUUCAACCGAGACCAGUGGCCUGUGAGAUAUCCCAGCUUGAAACCAGCAGAGGGAUCAAGCUCAAGCGGCUCUGCCCGACCCACCCAUCGUCGAACUCUGACUUAUGCCGAUGAGCCGACAAAAUCUGUAGAUGUCGUCAUUGAGCACACACCCGUUUCUCGUCAAGCAGUUCGCAGAGCAUUGACAACCGUCAACUCGUCUACCCCAGCAUCUCCCUCCUUCCCUCCUGUGGAUGCAUCCACGAACCACUCAACGGCAAGCGAUGAUUUCUCCGUGUUGAAACUGGACCUCAAUCUCGGAGCGACUCGUCACGCCAAGACCCUCAUCACACAUUUGGAAAAAUCUUCCAUCUCUUCUCUGCUUGACAAUCGCCUAUCAGCGUCAUUGGACCAUCUCAGCUUGCUCCGCAAGCGUAUACAUGAUGCUCAAUCACGAGUGCUCGUCACUGGAGAUCUCAACGCUGGAAAGUCGACUCUUGUUAACGCUCUGUUGCGGCGUCCAGAGGUCAUGCCGACCGACCAACAGCCACUCACUACACGGUUCGUCGAAGUUGUCAGCGCGAGGGAGAAUGGAGAUGUGGAGGAGAUCCACGUCUUGGAUCAAGGGGAUAAAUAUGAACCCUCGGACAAAUCCACAUAUACCGUUCAACCGAUCGACAAGCUCGAAGCAAUCGUAUCUGAUGAAGAGAGCGAUGCCUCAAGCCCUCCUCUCCGUGUCUUUCUCCGAGACCACUCCGAAGGCCUGAGCAACCCGUCGAUCCUGCACAACGGCGUCGUGGAUAUUUCCCUAAUUGAUGCGCCUGGCCUCAACAGAGACUCGAUCAUCACGACCGCCAACUUUGCUCGCCAGGAAGAGAUCGACGUAGUUGUCUUUGUCGUCUCUGCUGCCAAUCACUUCACCCUUUCAGCCAAGGAGUUUAUUUGGCAAGCAGGUCAUGAAAAGGCUCAUCUGUUUAUCGUGGUCAACAGAUUCGACCAGAUCAAGGACAAAGAGAAGUGCCGCCGAAUCGUCCUGGAGCAGAUCAAGCAGCUCAGCCCAAAGACAUACGAGGAUGCGGCAGAUCUCGUACACUUUGUCGACUCGGCUAAGGUGGCCUUGGGCAUCAACGACGAGGACGGCGAUGAGAUUGACGAGACAUUUUCGUAUUUGGAGCACUCGCUCCGAUCAUUCGUCUUGGUAAAUCGGGCAAAGUCCAAACUCGGCCCAGCUCAGAACUACGUCACACAUCUUCUGGCAGAUGUCGAGCUUUUGGCUUCAGCGAAUGUUCUGGUCGCCAAGCAAGAGCGCGAGGCUGCUCGUAACGAAUUAUCUCGAGUCAAGCCAGAGCUUGAGACCCUUAACAAGAGCAAGGACGGUUUGGAGGAGAAUCUGGUCAACGAGGAGGAGCGCGUGACAGGAGAGGCAGCAUCGAGGAGCAAACAAGCGAUCCAGCGAGGUUUGGAGCGAAUCAGCCGGGGGGAAAUGGCCGCACCGGCACCUCAUCUGGAACUACCUCCCUACCCCGGUCUCCUUGGGGUCUGGGACUAUGCUACAGAGGUGAAACGGGUCAUGCUCGCUUCUCUCGAUUUUGUCGUCUCGCUCGCCGAAAGUGACGCUCGGAAGCUCACAACACAAGGUGUCGACACCAUUUUUGACAUCGGUGACAAGUCAUUGCCUUUGGAUGUGGAGCGUUCCAACCGAGUGUUCAACCCCAACGCCAUGUUCUCGACUAGAAUAAAACCUUCGCGUCGAAAUUCUGGAGUUGCGCAAGUUGGACUUGGACUCGCAAAGCAACCCAAGCUGGCCGAUGUCAACCUGUCCGACAUUCUAGAUAUUCAGCAUCAUCUAUUCCUCGCUCGAUCGACACUCCCGUCUCAAACCCCCCAAAGCUCAGAUUUAGUUUCCUUCUCUCCCGAGACGAGCCUUGGUAUGGCGUCUCUGGCAGUGGGUGCCUUCUCGCUCGUCGGCAACAAGUCUGGCAUACGAUCUUUAGUGGAGAAUGUGGUUCAUGUCUCGGAGCUCGCUUCCAAUCCAUCUGCAAGGAAAUGGAUCGCGCCCAUCAUCGGGGUGAUGGCAGCUGGAGCGGUCGCCUACGUGAUUUACGAACUUCCUCGCUCCAUCCCUCGCAAUGUCGGACGUCAUCUACACGCUACGCUGUCUGUUACGUCUGGAGCGGAAGAGAGCGACGCGUCUUUGAUACCUCUUCCUGAAGCAGUCUCUAGUCGAAUCAGUGGAGAAGUGCGCAAAGUCAUGCGUAUCGGCGCUUGGGACCUUCGAGAGAGAUUCAGAAAGGCCGUAGAGACUCGCGCAGAGGUGGUGAAAAGCAGCGAGGAGGCGGACCGUAAGGCGGGUCUGGCAUUGAGCCAGUUUGAAGAUGUCGACAAGAGGAUCGGAGCGAUCAGGGAGAUCAUGGCGGAUCUAAAGGUGUAGAAACCGAAGGAGGGCGAGCGCCUUGAAAAAAUAACCACUGCUCAAAGAGAUAUUGAGAGACAUUCUUAAUUCGUGUAUGUUGCCUACUGUUUUGCUUGGCUCGCGAUGCCACUCCUUCAUGUAUCAUAAUG